AUGUUAAAGAACGUGCCCGUGAGCCAAUUCACGUCAAACAUCCUCGAAAAGGUGGACGUCAGAGGGCCAAGGAAACCCAUCAUACCCCCCAACCCCCCUCCUCCACUCCCACUGCUGCCACUGCCGCUGCUGCUGGUGGUAGCAGCAGUUGGUGGGGAAGGUAACUGGGAGGGCACCUGGGUGGGGAGGUUGCGAGUAGUGGAAGAUGCAGGGAGGACGACUGGCGAAUCCCCCGUGGCAGCAGGGCGGGCCCUGGUGGGUGUUGAGACGGCUACAGUAGCAGCAUUUGACGGGCCGCUCCUAGUGAAUGCCGAGGCAGGCACAGAAGCAGCAGCAGCAGCCAAUGGGACGCCCCUUGCAGGCGUUGAGGCAGGCAGCGCAGCAGCAGUGGAAGGGUGGCCUCUCACGGGUGUUGAGACAGUCACAGCAGCAGAAGGACGGGCCCCUAGAGCUGAGCCACUGGAAUCAGAGGGGCCUAAUACACCCGUUGCCCUCGCCCCUGCUGCAGUUGCAGCCACUGCUCCAGGCGCUCCCCUUACAGAUGUUGAAACAGGCACCGCCGCAGCAGACGAAGGGCGGGCCCCUAGAGCUGUGCUACUGGCAGGAGAGGGGCCUGAAACACCCGUUGCUGUCGCCCCUGUCAUAGCUGUAGCCACUGCUCCAGGCGCUCCCCUUACGGGCGUUGACGCAGGCACUGCUGUAGCAGGCGAAGGGCGGGCCCCUAAAGUCGUGCUACUGGUAGCAGCGGGGACAGACACUCCCGCUGCCCUCGCUCCUGCUGCAGAUGCAGGAACAGUCGCAGUCACUGUUCCAAGCACUGAUGCAGGGACUGCAGUGGCCACUGCUGCAGAAGCUUCUGGUGUGGCAGUGCUUCGUGCUGCAGCACCAACCCCCGCUGUAACAGGCACCACUGGUGUAACCCGAGUGCCUGCUGUAGCAGGAAUUGCAGGUGUAACCCGAGUGCCUGCUGUAGCAGGAAUUGCAGGUGUAGCCCGAGUGCCUGUUGUGACAGAAGCUUCUGGUGUGGCCGUGCUUCGUGCUGCAGCACCCCUCCCUGCUGUCACAACCACCGUUGAUGUUACAGGCGUUCCAGGCGUAACUGGGGCAGGCGUAACUGGGGCAGGUGUAACAGCGGCAGAUGUUACAGGUGCUCUAGGGGAAACAGGUGUCGUGAAUGUAACAGGCGUUCGGGGUGUUACAGGGGCAGGUGUUACCGCUGGCACGGAUGUGGAUCGUGCCUCUGGAACCAACGGUUGCUGCUUCGCUUGUGGGGGAGCCAAUGGCACCGACGAACGUGAUGAUGACGUGGCGGCCUGGCGGGCUGCAGAUGCCGGAGGCACCUGA